GGGAAAACAUUUCCUACUUAAAUUGACUCUCGCUUUCAGGUGUGCCUUUACAUGCCCUGUCUGCUGCCUGCACCUCUAAACAGCCUCUCAAAUCCCGCAGAAUUCUAUUUAAUCAUUUUCUGACAAAAGAAUGCAAUUUCAACUGACCUUUUUUCUGCACCUUGGGUUGGUCAGUUAUACAAAAGCUGAGGAUGAAUGCAACAGGGGCGCCUGUCAUCCUACCACCGGCAACCUCCUGGUGGGCCGCAGCACACAGCUCAUGGCUUCUUCUACCUGCGGGCUAAACGGAGCCCAGAAAUACUGCAUCCUCAGCUACCUUGAGGGGGAAAAAAAAUGCUUCAUCUGUGACUCCAGAUUUCCAUAUGAUCCACACACCCAAUCCAACAGCCACACCAUUGAGAAUGUAAUUACAAGUUUUGAACCAGAUAGGGAAAAGAAAUGGUGGCAAUCUGAAAAUGGUCGUGAUCAUGUCAGCAUCAGAUUGGACCUAGAGGCAUUAUUUCAGUUCAGCCACCUUAUCUUGACCUUUAAGACUUUUCGGCCUGCCGCAAUGUUAGUUGAACGUUCUGCAGACUAUGGACGCACCUGGAAAGUGUUAAAAUAUUUUGCAAAAGACUGUGCCACUUCCUUUCCCAACAUCACGUCUGGCCAGGCCCAGGGAGUGGGAGACCUUGUUUGUGACUCCAAAUAUUCGGAUAUUGAACCCUCAACUGGUGGUGAGGUUGUUUUAAAAGUUUUGGAUCCCAGCUUUGAAAUAGAAAAUCCCUACAGUCCCUACAUUCAGGACCUUGUGACAUUAACAAACCUGAGGAUAAACUUUACCAAACUCCACACCCUUGGGGAUACUUUGCUUGGAAGGAGGCAAAAUGAUUCCCUUGAUAAAUACUACUAUGCUCUGUAUGAGAUGGUGGUUCGGGGCAGCUGUUUUUGCAACGGCCACGCUAGUGAAUGUGGCCCAACGCAGGAGGUGCGGGGAGAUGUGUUCAGCCCUCCCGGAAUGGUUCAUGGUCACUGUGUCUGUCAGCACAAUACAGACGGCCCGAACUGUGAGCGGUGCAAGGACUUCUUCCAGGACGCCCCUUGGAGGCCAGCUGCAGGCCUCCAGGACAGCACUUGCAGAGCUUGCAGCUGUAAUGGCCACUCUGACCGCUGUCACUUCGACAUGAACGUGUACCUGGCCAGCGGUGGCGUCAGCGGGGGCGUGUGCGAAGACUGCCGGCACAACACCGAGGGGCCACACUGUGACCGUUGCAGACCCCUUUUCUACAGGGACCCCCUCAAAGCCAUCUCGGAUCCUUACGCAUGCCUUCCUUGUGAAUGUGACCCUGAUGGGACCGUAUCGGGUGGCAUUUGUGUUAGCCACUCUGAUCCUGCCUUGGAGUGGGUGGCCGGCCAGUGCCUGUGUAAGGAGAACGUGGAAGGAGCCAAAUGUGACCAGUGCAAGCCCAACUACUAUGGACUGAGCGCCACUGACCCCAAGGGCUGUCAACCCUGCAACUGUAACCCUUUUGGGAGUCUGCCACUCUCAACCUGCGAUGUGGACACAGGCCACUGCUUGUGCAAGCCCUUUGCCAUUGGACCACACUGUGAGGAUUGCACUGUUGGAUACUGGGGACUGGAAAAUCAUCCCCACGGAUGUGUUCCGUGUGACUGUGAUAUUGGAGGUGCUUAUUCUAAUAUGUGCUCCCCCAAGGAUGGGCAGUGUGAAUGUCGCCCGCAUGUCAUUGGCCGCAGCUGCACUGAACCAGCCCCUGGCUACUUCUUUGCUCCUCUGAAUUUCUAUCUCUAUGAGGCUGAGGAAGCCACACCACUCCAAGGACUUGCACCUUUGAUAUUAGCAACAGCUUUGCCUACAUGUGAUGUGUAUUUCCAGCAACAAGGAAGUGAAUUCAUAAUUGACAAAGGAAAUAUAGUACUGAAGAGAAAUCAGAAGCAUAGCAUACAUGCUGACAAGCAGAGUGAGGUUCCUGCUCCUCAUGUUGUUCUCCGAGAUCCUGGGAUGCCUGUUACAUGGACUGGACGUGGAUUAGCCAGAGUUCUCACUGGGGAUGGCUUAAGAUUUGCUGUCAACAACAUUCCCUUUCCCAUGGACUUCACCAUGGCCAUUCGCUAUGAAGCUCAGUCCACAGCUGACUGGGCUGUCCAGAUCGUGGUUAACCCCCCUGGAGGAAGUGAGUACUGUACACGCAAGACCCCACCACAAAAGCCUCAUUCUUUUGCCUUACCAGCAGCUUCCAGAAUUAUGCUGCUUCCCACACCCAUCUGUUUAGAACCAAAUGUACAAUAUUCCAUAGAUGUCUAUUUUUCCCAGCCUUUGCAAGACAGGUCCCAUGCUCAUUCACAUAUCCUGGUUGAUUCUCUUGGUCUUAUUCCCCAAAUCAAUUCAUUGGAGAAUUUCUGCAGCAAGCAGGAUUUGGAUGAAUAUCAACUGCACAACUGUGUUGAAAUUGCCUCGGAAACAGGACCUCAAGUGCUCCCUGGCACAUGUAAAAGGCUUAUAGUCAGCAUGUCUGCCAGGCUACACGAUGGCGCAGUAGCCUGCAAGUGUCACCCCCAGGGCUCAGUUGGGACCAGCUGCAGCCAACUUGGAGGCCAAUGCCAGUGUAAGCCCCAUGUGACUGGGCGCUGCUGUGACAGGUGCUCAACGGGAAGCUACGGUUUGGGGCAUCAAGGUUGUCACUCAUGUCACUGCCACCAUCAAGGCUCAAAGAGCACUGUAUGUGACCAAAUAACAGGACAGUGCCCCUGCCAGGAAGAGGUGGCUGGCCUCCGCUGCGACCGGUGCCUGCAGGGCUAUUUUGGAUUUCCCAACUGCCGCCCUUGCCAUUGUAAUGGGUUUGCUGAACUUUGUGAUCCAGAGACAGGAUCGUGCUUCAACUGCGGGAGGUUUACAACUGGAAGAAACUGUGAAAGAUGCAUCAAUGGUUACUAUGGAAACCCUUCUUCGGGACAGUCCUGCCGUCCUUGCCCGUGUCCAGAUGUUCCAUCGAGUAAUUGGUAUUUUGCCCAUUCCUGUUAUCAGAAUCCUUGGAGCUCAGAGGUAAUCUGCAAUUGUCUUGAAGGUUAUGCAGGUAAGCAGUGUGAAGAAUGCUCUGCUGGUUUCUAUGGAAAUCCAAGAAUUUCUGGAGCACCUUGCAGGCCAUGUGCCUGCAACAACAACAUUGAUAUAACUGACCCAGAGUCCUGUAGCCAAGUAACAGGGGAGUGCCUUAAAUGUCUGCACAACACUCAGGGGCCCAACUGCCAGCUCUGCAAACCAGGUCACUUUGGAUCGGCCCUCAAUCAGACUUGCAGAAGAUGCUCCUGUCAUCCUUCUGGUGUGAAUACCACUGAGUGUCCCCCUGGUCAGGGAGCUUGCCUCUGUGAUCCUGACACUGGUGCAUGCCCUUGUCUGCCCAACGUCACAGGACAGACCUGUGACCAUUGUGCUGAUGGAUACUGGAACCUGGUCCCCGGCAGAGGAUGUCAGCCAUGCAACUGUGACCCCCGCACCUCUCAUAGUAGCCACUGUGAUCAGCUUACAGGCCAGUGUUCGUGUAAAUUAGGCUAUGAUGGGAAACACUGCAGUGACUGCAAGGAAGAUUAUUAUGGUGAUCCACUGGAGCGAUGCAUUGCAUGUGACUGCAACAGGGAAGGUACCCAGAGGCCCAUCUGUGAUGGGGACACAGGCAUGUGCCGCUGCCGGGAGGGCAUUAGUGGCCAGCAAUGUGAUCGCUGCGCACGGGGUCACGGCCAGGAAUUCCCUGCAUGUCCUCUGUGUCACUUGUGCUUUGAUCAGUGGGACCACAGCAUUUCUUCCCUCUCCAGAGCAGUGCAAGGGUUAAUUAGGCUGGCUGCUAACAUGGAAGAUAAAAGAGAGACCCUGCCUGUCUGUGAUGCCAACUUCAAAGGCCUCAAAAAGAACAUGUCUGAAAUAGAAAGGAUUUUAAAACAUCCUGUUUUCUCAUCGGAGAAAUUCUUAAAAGUCAAGGAUUAUCAUGACUCCGUUGGGAAACAAAUCAUGCAGCUAAGUGAGCAACUGAAAGCAGUAUAUGCAUUUCCAGAUUUGAAAGAAACAAUAGUAAAAAUGAGAAAUGAAGCAGACCUCUUACUUGAAAAUCUUCAGGAAGAAACUGAUUUGCUCUCCAGUGUCCGUAACACAAGCAUCAUGGAUUUCUCAGAGAACAUCAAAAAAUAUUAUCAGAGAUCGUUAUCUGCUGAAAAGAAAACUAAUGGAACUACUUCCAUCAUAAGUAACUCUGAAAAAAUCAGAAAUGACUUACUUACCAUCUUAGAUACAUUAACCUCAAAAGCAAACUUGUCGUUGGAAAAUUUAAAGCAGAUUAAGAUACCAGAUAUCCAAAUAUUGAAGGAAAAGGUGUGUGGAGAACCAGGGGAUGUUCCAUGCGUGCUCUCAACCUGUGGUGGCCCAAGUUGUCGUGACUCCCUGACCCUCUCAGGGAAUGCCUUUCAGAAAGCUCAAGAAGCAGAGUCCAUGAUUUAUAAUUUGAGCAACCAGGUUCAAGGGUGGAAGAAUCAGAUCAAAAAUAUAAGUAAACUGGCAGAAGUCUCCAAAAACAACACCUUACAGUUAAGUGAGAAACUGAGGAAUAUGAAAAACCAAAGUGAAUCUGAAAAAGAAAAAAUGCAUCUUUUAAUCAAAAAACUGAAAAAGUUUCUGUCAGAGGAAAACGUGCCUCCAGAGGACAUAGAGAAGGUUGCAAAUCAUGUUCUUAACGUCCACCUGCCAAUAACUUCACAAAAUCUAACCCAGGAACUUGACAAAAUAUGGAAAUUUAUGCAACUGUGUGAGGACUACAGGACAGAUGAGGACAAGCUAAAUAAAACAGCAGAUGGAGUCCGAAAGGUUUUGGUAAAGGCAAAAGCAGCUGAAAAAUCAGGAAAUGUUCUAUUAAAUCUUGACAAAAUGUUGAAUAAGUUGCAACAAGUUCAAAUCACUCAAGAACGGGCAAAUUCUACUAUCACACAGCUGACUGCUGAGAUAACAAAAAUAAAAAAGAAUAUACUUCAGGCUGAAAAUCAAGCCAAAGAGACUAAGAAUGAGCUGGACUUAGCAAAGCAGCAGUCAGCACUGGAGGACGGACUUUCCCAGCUGCGGAUCAAGCUGCAAAGGAAUCAAGAGCAAGCCAUCCAUGCAGAAACUCAGGCUGAACCGGCCCGACGCCAGGCCGGGAGCCUUGAGGAGAAGUUCGUUGAGCUACAAACUCAAUAUGCUGUGCUUCAACAUAAGACAAGUGCUACAGGACUGGCAAAGGAAACAUUAGGAAAAGUGAAACAGCUAAAAGAUGCAGCAGAGAAAUUAGCCAGAGAGACAGAGGACAAAAUAAGAAGAAUAACAGAUUUAGAAAAGAAGAUCCAAGAUUUGAAUAUAAGUAGACAAGAAAAAGCUGAUCAACUGAAACAGUUGGAAGAUCAAGUCAUUGGCAUUAAAAAUGAAAUUGAUGAGCAAGAAAAUAAAUAUGCAACCUGCUAGACUUAGGCAGAGUUAAAGUACAAAAGCCUGUGCCUUCAUUUCCGCCUUCUGAUGAGCAAACCUGAGAGCUAUGCCGAACUUGAAAAACACAAAUGGUCAGUCUCUUCUGCUUCCCCUUCCUGGAGCCCUCUCCUUGCUGCAGAUCUGCUCAGUGUGGCUGGGGUGGAACUAGGCCAAGGAAAUGCUGCUUUGCAUGGAAUAAAAAGGGAGAAGUAAAGAGAUUGUCUCUGGUUUCAGAAACCUUUCCUCUUGCCUUUCAUAACUUAAAAAUAAUUAGUUACAUAUAACAAGUACAAAUCUAAAUAAGUAUUCUGUUUACUAAUACUCAUUUCAGUCAAGUGAACCUAAACAUUAAAUAAAUUGCCAGAGGCUGGGGUGGGGGAGAAGGAGGAGUUACUAACCAACUGGCAUAAAGUUUCAGUUAAGCAAAAUGAAUAAGUUCUAGAGUUCCACUAUACAUUAUCUACAUAGUUAACAAUAAUGUAUCAUAUACUUAAAAAUGUGCUGAGGGUAACUCUCGUAUUCAAUAUUCUUACCACAAUAAAAUAAAAUUAAAACAAAUAAAUUUAAACAAAUUAAAAUUAAAUGAAUCAAUCAAUACCUCUAAUGCUAGGAUGGAGUAAAUAUGGAUGAUAUAUACUGGAUUGUCUUAUAUUUUUAUUUAGAUUUGCUUUAUCUAUAAAACUAUUACUCUAUUCUAAAUAAAAUGUAUACAGUUCAAAAUGUAACUUGUUUUUGUACCUACUUUUCUAUUUAUUCUCUCAACCAAAGGAUUCUGUUUUCUCCAAAUGGCACUGGAACUAUAUUCAAAAACUAAAUAUUGAACCACUUUUCAUAAUUUGUCUGAAAGCAUUUCUGCUGUAAAUAUGCUACUUAUUUUUAAAAUUAUGCUGUUAUUGUUUAGUAUAAAAGAUCAGAUUAUUUCAUUUCAAAUGGGUCUAUGAUUUCACAUUAACAUUUUUCGCAUGUGUGAUAAAUAAUAGAGCAUAUUGAUUCUGUUUGUAGAAGCUAUCCUUCAGAGGUAUUAUUUUAAGGGAAUUUGGUCCCACAUUUUUGAAUAAGAAAUAAUAUACACCAACAUCGAUGUAUGAAAGGGGAAAAGUAACUGGAGCCAUUUCUAUCAAGGACUGACUCAUAAAAGAUGGAUUUAAAAAUUCAACAGAAGGGCUUUAGAAUUAUAUAUAAAUAUGAAAUUUCUAUUGAUAGAAAUUGAUUUAAUGUAGGUUAUUAAGGAAAAUUACCGUUUCCCUGGAGAUCCUGAGGAAUAGAAUGAAACUUUUCUACAGGAAGGACCACCCCCAGAAAUCUCUUGAGAUAUAUGAUGGUAACACUCCACAUACAUAGCACUUAGAUUUAGAAACUUUCACCAAAGAAUGGCGCACAAUAUGAACCAGAGUUAAAAAAUACAGCUGUCACAAAACCUAAGUUGUUUAAUGUAGAGGGUGAAACACACUCCAGCUUUCCUACCCGGAUACUAACUUUUACCUUUAUAUGAAUGAUAGCCUUAAUUUUACAAGCAUUGUUGUCUGUUUGCAUCAGCAGCAUUCAAUUGCUUUAUCUUUGCAGAUCACAGACUAUAAGGUAACAUUCCAGAGAGUGUGGAAAGGGUUAAAGAAGGAAGAAUUUCUGUCCUCUGGGAGGUUGUUUAGUUCUCGAGAGACAGACAAUUCCCCAGCCAUGAAAUCUGGGGAAUCAAGGACUAGGACAAGAUAAACCCAUCAUUACCAUGGGCCUCUGGGGUCUGCAGUUCAAUGAAGUUAGGAAGUAUGUGAUGCACUUUGGAAAAUUGCAAUUAAGAAGUGGUUAUGCUUUCUAAACUUUGGUUUGAAAAUAAUAAACAUUGGUUAUCUUUAAAAACAAUGUGUAUAUAUGAGAAAUCUCAUUCUUCAAUAAUGUCAGAUAGAUCAUCCUAACUUCUAUUACUUGCUGGAUCAAUUGUUCAAGAUUGUGACCAAGACAGAGAUUUAGUGAAAUUGUAUCUCUUAUACAUUGCAAAUUUGACAAUGUGUAGCAAGAUCUUUCCUAUGACCAAUUGAAUUUGUAUGUUAAGAAAACCAUCUUAAAUAUGGGGGAGGGGUGGGAGAAAUUUUGUGAAUAACUCAUUGGAGGACUACUUAUGUAAAAACUCAAAGAAUCCAAAUAACUAAAAAUAAAAAACAAUUAAAUAUUAUAA